AUGUGGGCCGAGCGCGGGGCAAACACGUACGGAGACUGGCGCGGCCCCCCCACGAACCCCGCCGCGAGGGGGUGGGACCGGAGGGGCGGGACGCCCCCCCGCGCCCCGCUGGCCGCCGGCGCGGCGGGCGUGGAGGGCGGCGGCACGAGGGCGGCCCCGCACCCCGCGAGCGGCACCGACCUGACGGGCAACCGCGGGGGCCCGCCGGGCGGGCGCGUCGGGACGGCGUGGCUCACGCGACGCCACCACCGGGCGAGGGGGCCCGGGCCGGAGAGCGCGGAGAGGCCCCUCCCUCCCGGCAGAGCGACGCAGAGACGCCGCCCUGCGACGGCCGCCCGGGGCGCGCCCGCGGGAGACACGGGGACCCGGGGUCCGCCGCCCUCACGCAACGCCGCCGCGCGGGCCGACCAGGGUGCGGCCGCGGGGGGGCCCGCAGAGCGAGGCGCACACACCCAGGGGCGCGGCGGCCCCGGGCCGGCCGGGGGCGAGCAGGCGGCAGAGGAGACAAGACAGGGCGGCCCCCACAGACCGACGGGGUGCGGCGCGCCGGGGCGGCGGCGGCAGGGCGCGGGCGAGGAGACCGGGCUCCCGCGAGGCGAGGGGCGGGGUGGCCCGAAAAGGCAAACCCGCGGCGAGGCGGGGAAGAAGACCAGAGAAGCGAGUCGGCUUCGCCAGGGCGCGCGCGGGGUCUCACCGCCCAAAGGCCUCCGAGCACAGGGGCGGUCCCGCGGCACCCGGAACGGCGACUGCCUCCUGUCGAAAGCGCCAUCAGCCUCACGGGGCCCAGCCCCCACCGCCGGCGGCGCCACCGCCGCCCGGCAAACACCUUUCUUUUCCAUCCUCGACCCCGCCAUCCGAACGGGGCCCUGGCCCCCACGCCGCGGGGAGGGCCGUCCUCCUUCAUCUCCUCUCUCCAGCCAACACAAGCCCCCGGGUCCGGCCCGGGGUCCGCGCCCUGCGUGGGACGCCCCACAACACGGGCCGAGCCCGGCUCCCGACCCUGCCCGCGCAGCGCGCCGCCGGCUGCGGGCUCGGCACAGGGCCCAGGAGGCCAGGAAGCGGGACACACCAAGGGACGGGAGGAGGCGCCCCCCCUCGUCCCCUCCCCACGCACGCGACGGGGGAGAGCCACGCAACGCCCACGCAGGCGUGCCAGAGACCGCAGCGCCCCCCCGCCGGGACGCCGGCCCGGCCCGGCGGGAUCCUCCCCCAACUCGGCGAGGGGAGGCGCGGCCGCUGGUCAGGCAAAACGGUGUCGGGCCCCUCCAGGCGAAGGAGGGGCCCCGCGCCCAACACGACAACACGACGUGCGACGCCAAGUCGCUAACGCGCUUCAGGAGGGGCGGCGGCUGGGGGGUCCGGUACCCCAAGGCACCCUCUCGGAUCGCUAGAGAAGGCUUUCUCACCGAGGGCGCGUCGCCCCCAACCCCACCGGGCACCCCCGCCGGGCCCGCGAGGGCGCAGGGUCCGGCACACGGAGGGAGACAGGCCCGGGGAGGAGGAUCGGGUCGGCGGGUGCAGGAGGGGCUUUGCCCAAGCCACACAAGGGCAGCGGCGAGCGUUCGCGAUCGGGGCCGCCACCACAGCGGCGUCCCGGCAGCGGGCCCCGGUCAGGAACGGGAAGCGACAACACCGACUCGGCCUCGGGCACCUGACAGACGACCUGGAGCGCCCCAGGAGCACCACAGAGAGCCGGGCGACACGCGCUCGCACGCCCCAAGAGGGGCGCGCGACGCGGCGGGAGAAUGGCCCUCCCCACCGCGGGGAGGGCCACCCAAGGAGACAGCCACGGAGGGCAAGAGCGGAGUGUCCGCUGCGUCAACGAGACCCCGGAACCCCAUCCCCUCGCCACAGGGCGGAAGGCAGGGCAGCGAGGUCGGGCCGGGGUCCGCACCCCUCCCCAAUUUCCACGCGCCACCACCAGGCGGCAGGGCGGGGAGAGGAGCCCGCGGGCGGAGCGAGAAGAGCGGUCCCAUUCGCCAUGAAUGUCCGUCCCUCGUCCGGCAUGGCUUAGGCCCGGCCCGGGAGAGCGCGACGUCACCACAUCGAUCAAGCCAGAAGGCAAGCACACCCAGCGUCCCCGGCCAGGAAGGCCAAGGAGCGUGGGGCAAACCCGGUGGGCGUGGGUGGCAGGGACCACGGGCCAGCCUCACCACGCAAGCGCAGCAAACAGGAGAGUGCAGCCUGCGGGGGCAACACACGGAGCACAAGCCGGGGCCGACGCGCACGGGCCCCUGGCACACCCCACGCUCCUCUUUUCCCCGCGGAAACAGGGACGGGAAAGCCAGGCUACGACUCGCAGUCCGAGAGCCCCACAGGACCGCCGACAGACAGCGUGUCCCCACUCUUCUCGUGGUACAAUCUGCCGAAUCGGGGCUGAACAACGACGGGUCACGGAGGCGGGGCUCCAUCCACGGGUCUCGGGGACCUCCCGGAAGGGAGGCGCGGCCACAUGCCACCCAGCACGACCGCCACCAUCCCCAGACUUUCCUCAAGUAUCUCUAA